AUGACUUCCACCCAACUAUCGCAUUGCUGCACCAUUGGCAAUAUACACGAAGGCCAGGCUAAGGGCCAGAUCAGCAACGUUGGAAAUAUCUCCACCUACCUCGCAUACCCAGCGGACAAAGCGACCAAAAAUGCCAUUCUGAUAUUGACAGAUGUGCUGGGCCACCAAUUCGUGAAUGCUCAACUACUAGCCGACCAAUUUGCUGCACGCGGGUAUUUCGUCGUCAUGCCCGAUUUGUUCAACGGGGAUGUAGUCCCGAUCAACAGACCAGAGGGAUUCAACAUCAUGGACUGGGUGCAGAACCACAUGCCCCCGCAGACAGAGCCCAUCAUCGAUGCCGUGUUGAAAGAGAUGCGUGAGAACCUUGGAUGUGAGCGCAUCGGUGGAGUGGGAUACUGCUUUGGCGGCAAAUAUGUCUGUCGAUAUUUGAAACCGGGAAAGCUUGACGUUGGAUUCACUGCGCACCCAACUAUGGUUGAGCCGGAUGAGCUGAGGGGGAUCGAGGGCCCUUUGAGUAUUGCUGCUGCAGCCCGUGACUUUGUGUUCACAACUGCUAAGCGUCAUGAGAGUGAGCAGAUUCUGGACCACCUUGAAGUGCCUUAUCAGAUAAAUCUGUUCUCGGACGUUGAGCAUGGGUUUGCAGUGCGCUGUGAUCUGGCUAAGCCUCGACAGAGAUUUGCUAAGGAGCAGGCGUUUAACCAAGCUUUCAGUUGGUUUGACAUGUUUUUGAAAGUGUAG